UCUCUCUCUACACACUCUAUUCAUUGUUUUGCAGUAUAUGCUUUCUUCUCCCUCUUCUACGCUUUUUCCAGCCAGCUCUACCCUUACAAGGUGGAGAGAACUGGAUCUCAGUCUUUCUCUGGGACUCCUCCAUAUCUCCAAGAUUUCUCCUGGCCUCUUUUGGACUCCCUUCUGGUGGUCUUUGGAGCUCCGACUCUCCUUUUCUUUGGAGCUCCUGUGAGGCCGAGGUGGUGGCUUUCUGGAGGACCGCUUUGGAUUAUAAGUCCAUGAUGCCGGUGAUGAUGAUGGCCUCCCUCCUUUUGACUGGGGCAACCUCUUCCACUACACCUCCAGCACCAAAAGGAGAGAGAAAGGGAGUUCUCAGCUCCCAUUUCGCUGUAGCCCCCUUCCUCCUCCUCCUCCUCCUCUCUCCUUUCUCUCUUUUCCUCUCACUAGUCCCCUUCCCCUCCCAACCCCCACUUUCUCUUCUUCUUCCCCCUCCCCUGUUUCCUCUUUCCUUCCCGUAAAAAUCGAAUCUUGGGCUUCAGACAAUGCCGCAGUACCAGCAACCGCCGUCCUGGAGGCUGGAGGGCGGUGGCCAGAUCCUGGAUCUGGAGACGGCUGUGAAAGAUGGCAUCUUGGGCGGCGGUGGAGGCGGGGGCGGCCUCGGCGGCGCAGCCGGCGAGAAGGUGGACUUGAAGAAGAUGAUCGAGGAGCUGGAGCCGGUGGAGGACGUCCCCUCGGUGUUCAUCUGCCCCAUCUCCCUGGAGCCCAUGGUGGAUCCGGUGACCCUGUGCACCGGCCAGACCUACGAGCGCUCCAACAUCCUCAAAUGGCUCUCCAUGGGACACCUCACCUGCCCCACCACCAUGCAAGAGCUCUGGGACGACGCCGUCACGCCCAACCGCACCCUCCACCAGCUGAUCCACGCCUGGUUCUCCCAGCGCUACCUCCACUUCAAGAAGCGCUCCGAGGACGUCCAGGGCCGCGCCGCCGAGCUCCUCGAGACCCUGAAAAAGGUUAAAGGCCAGGCCAGAGUCCAAGCUCUGAAAGAGCUCCAGAAGAUGGUCGUCAACCACUCCUCCGUCCAGAACACCGUCGCCGACUCCGGCGGCAUCGCCCUUCUGACCUCCCUUCUUGGCCCCUUCACUUCCCAUGCCGUCGGCUCCGAGGCGAUCGGCAUCCUCGUCAACCUUUCGCUGGAUUCGGAGGCGAUGGCGAAUCUAAUGCAGCCAGCGAAGAUAUCGCUGGUCGUCGACAUGCUCAACGAGGGGACGAUCGAUACCAAAAUCAAUUGCACGAGGCUGAUCGAGAUGUUGAUGGGGGAGAAGGAUUUCCGGUCGGAGAUCGUGUCAAGUUUGAGUCUUUUGGCGGGGUUGAUGAGGCUGGCGAAGGAUAGGAGGCACCCCAACGGCACUUUGGCCGGUCUCAGUUUGCUCAAGACCAUUUGCUCCCACGAACGAGUCAGAGGCCUCAUUGUCAGCGUUGGCGCCGUCUCGCAGCUCGUGGAGCUCUUGCCGAAUUUGAGUCACGAGUACUUGGAAUUGGCUCUCCGGAUCUUGGAUGAUCUUUCGACGAUCCCCGAAGGGCGGGUGGCUUUGAAGGAUUGCCCUCAGACCAUUCCCAAUGCCGUGAGGCUGUUAAUGAGGGUGUCCGAGUCCUGCACGCGGUACGCAUUGUCCAUCUUAUGGGCGGUCUGUAAGCUCGCUCCCGAUGAAUGCGCUUCGCUUGCGGUCGAGGCGGGCUUGGCUGCCAAGUUGUUGCUUGUUAUACAGAGUGGCUGCAGCCCGGAGCUAAAGCAACGGUCGGCCGAGCUUUUGAAGCUGUGCAGUCUCAAUUACACAGCUACCCUGUUCAUCUCCAAGUGCAAGCUCACGAGGACGAUCCAAUGAUGAGAGGAUGAUCGGUCACAGCUUGGUCUUCUGUCUCACUUCGAUUGGAAGCGAUCACGCGAAGGUCGAUUGGAGUGGGCUGCCAUCGCAUUGCACGGAUGGACCGCGCCCCCGAAGAUGGGACCGACCAUGGCAACCGAGGAUUUGAUUUGGAGGUAUAUAAGCUCUGCUGUCUCAUGUAAACUAAUAUACUUGUAAUUCUCUGUUGUAUUGAUUCUUCAUACAUGAAGAAGCAUCGAAACGUAGAUGAUUGGUGGCGAGCCGGUUUGUGGAUUUGGAUCCACCUGCCUGGAAGCAAGAGUUUUCCUCCUCAAUAACAUGGUGAGGUUGCAAUAUCUAAUACCCAUUUUUGUUUCAGUCCUUACCCUGUGAUUAAGUUUAGAAUGCGGAUCUGCCGGAGCUUGUAAAUCUUUUGAUGGCAUUGAUAUAGUUGCAAAUUCUAUACCAUAUUAA